AUGGAAAACGCAUCCGGGCGGAACACGCUCGCCAACAGUCUGCGGGCCUCUUUCCGAGCCCUUCUCCUCCGCCCGCACACCAUGCUUUUCUCCAAGCCCGUCGCUUUGAUCUUCAUGCUGUACGGAGGCACGUACUGGACGGCGAACACGCUAGACACCGCAACGUCGACGGCGCUGAACAAGCCCGCUACGCACGUCACCACCGGCACGGCCAAGUUCGCCGCGUCCAGCGCUGCCAAUGUCGGGCUCUGCGUCUACAAGGACCAGGUUUUCGUCAAGAUGUUCGGUCCUGGUGGACCCCCGCGCCCUGUGCCUAUGCCGAGCUACGUGCUGUUCACGCUGCGCGACUGUUUCACCAUCUUCGCCUCUUUCAACGUACCGCCACUUCUCGGGCCUAUAUUGAACGAGCGUAUGGGCACUGAAUUACAGAAGAAAGUCAGCGGAACCACCAUCGCCCAAUUCGCCGCUCCCGCCGCUGUCCAGCUAUUCUCGACGCCUAUCCAUCUACUCGGCCUCGACAUGUACAACCGGCCAGGGACGGGGGGCCUCGUGUCCAGACGCGACCGAUGGAUGCAGGUACAGAAGAACUGGGCGAUAAGUGCUGUAGCGAGGAUAUGCAGGAUCGUUCCCGCAUUCGGGCUAGGGGGGACGGUGAACACAAAGGUACGGAAAAAUCUUAUGGAGAAGCUCGCUUGA